CCAUUUUCCUGCGGCGCCCAGUGUGCGUGUGUCCCCCGACCCCGGCCGAGCGGAAGGAGCGAAGGGCGGGGGCGGGGGGCAGGAGGAGGGGGGCGCUGCCCGGGUGACAGGGCCGUCCCCGGGGGCGGAGCGCGGCUGCCUGCGGCGGGACAGGGCGACGUGUCCGAGCGCAGCUGCCUGCGGCGGGGCAGAGCGACGUGUCCCAGCGGGUCGGUCCCCCUGUCCCGUCCCAGCCCGGCGCCAUGUCCGGCCAAAGCCUCACCGACCGCAUCACGGCGGCGCAACACAGCGUGACCGGCUCGGCCGUCUCCAAGACCGUCUGCAAGGCCACGACCCACGAGGUCAUGGGGCCCAAGAAGAAGCACCUGGACUACUUAAUCCAGUGCACAAAUGAGAUGAAUGUGAACAUCCCCCAGCUGGCGGACAGCUUGUUUGAAAGAACUACCAACAGUAGCUGGGUGGUAGUAUUCAAGUCCCUCAUCACAACUCACCAUCUAAUGGUGUACGGAAAUGAGCGUUUUAUCCAGUAUCUAGCUUCCAGAAACACACUGUUUAAUUUGAGCAAUUUCCUAGACAAAAGUGGAUUGCAAGGGUAUGACAUGUCCACAUUUAUCAGACGGUAUAGUAGGUAUCUGAAUGAAAAAGCAGUUUCUUACAGACAAGUGGCUUUUGACUUCACCAAAGUAAAAAGAGGGGCUGAUGGAGUCAUGAGGACAAUGAACACAGAAAAACUCCUUAAAACUGUACCAAUUAUACAAAAUCAGAUGGAUGCACUUCUUGACUUCAAUGUCAAUAGCAAUGAGCUUACAAAUGGUGUAAUAAAUGCUGCCUUCAUGCUCCUCUUCAAAGAUGCCAUUAGACUCUUUGCAGCAUAUAAUGAAGGAAUUAUUAACCUCCUGGAAAAAUACUUCGACAUGAAAAAAAACCAGUGCAAAGAAGGCCUUGACAUAUAUAAGAAGUUCCUCACUAGAAUGACAAGGAUCUCAGAGUUCCUCAAAGUUGCAGAGCAAGUUGGAAUUGACAGAGGAGACAUACCAGAUCUUUCUCAGGCACCAAGCAGUCUUCUUGAUGCUUUGGAACAACAUUUAGCCUCUUUAGAAGGAAAGAAAAUCAAAGAUUCCACAGCUGCAAGCAGGGCUACCACACUUUCCAAUGCAGUCUCUUCCCUUGCAAGCACUGGCCUGUCUCUCACUAAAGUGGAUGAAAGGGAAAAACAAGCUGCAUUAGAGGAAGAGCAAGCUCGUUUAAAAGCUUUAAAGGAACAACGUCUAAAAGAACUUGCAAAGAAACCUCAUACCUCUUUAACGACAGCAGCCUCUCCUGUGUCUACUGCAGCAGGAAGCAUAAUGACCACCCCAGCCAUUGAUAUUUUUUCCACCCCUAGCUCUUCAAACAGCACAUCAAAGCUGCCAAAUGAUCUACUUGAUUUGCAGCCAACCUUUCAUCCAUCUGUACAUCCUAUAUCCACUGGGCCACAAGUAGGAGGUACAUGGGGAGAUCCAUUCUCUGCUACUGUUGAUGCUGUUGAUGAUGCCAUUCCAAACCUAAAUCCUUUCCUCACCAAAACUAACGAUGCUGUUCAUCUGUCUGUUGUAUCUUCUGACGUAUCUACUUUCACCACUAGGACACCCACCCAUGAAAUAUUUGUUGAUUCAUUUUGUGGCCCUCAAGCUUAUCCUAAUGCAUCUCAUUUCUGCAAUGAGCCUUCUACUGUAGCUGGUCUGUUUGGAGGGUUCACUCCUUCUCCUGUUGCUCAACCACAGCCUGUAGCUGGCCUUAAUGUUGACUUUGAGUCUGUGUUUGGAAACAAAUCUUCUAAUGUCGUCGUAGAUUCUGGUGGCUUUGAUGAAUUAGGCGGACUCCUAAAACCAACAGUGACUUCUCAAAACCAGAAUCUUCUGGUUGCCAAGCUGCCACCUAACAAGUUAGUAUCAGAUGAUCUGGAUUCAUCCUUAGCCAACCUUGUAGGCAAUUUAGGCAUUGGAAAUGGAACUACUAAAAAUGAUGUAAAUUGGACUCAGCCAGGCGAAAAGAAAUUAACUGGUGGUUCCAACUGGCAGCCCAAGGUUGCACCUACAACUGCAUGGAAUGCUCCAACAAUUAAUGGCAUGCAUUUUCCACAAUACGCACCACCUGUAAUGGCCUAUCCUGCUACAACACCAACAGGAAUGAUGGGAUAUGGAAUGCCAACACAGGUGGGAGGUGUACCAGUCAUGACACAACCAACUUUAAUAUACAGCCAACCUAUCAUGAGACCACCAAACCCUUUUGGCCCCGUUUCAGGAGCACAGAUACAGUUUAUGUAAUCAAGCCAGAUGGAAGAGAAAGGAACAGCUCCAAAAAGACACGUAUCAACAGCAAACCCCUACUUCCAGCAAAAUCCAAAUUGCUGUAUUUUAACUCCUCUUCCUUUAAAGUGAUGCAGGAAAAUCAUGAAGGCCCACAAAGGAAACUGGGACAACUCUUUUGGAAAGUGUCAAUACAUGAUAUAAAGCCAAGAAUUCCCCUGAUUUAAGAUGUUUUUUUCUGGUGACUAACGCGUCAGUACUUUCAAUUCCUAUUAAUAUCCAUAAUCAGUAACAUACUAAGAGAAGCUCUUAUUCUGAAAUCGUAAGAUUUGUAUUUGGAAAUGCUGUGAGCUAUGAAGAUGAGUGUCCUUUACCAUAACUCAAAACAAGAUUUUCUUUGGCGGAUCAGAUCCUAACUCUUAAUUCUGCAGUUAUCUUUUCUUCAGUCCUCACAAAUGUAGACACAGCAAUGAAAAUUAACUUUUCUUUUUAAAAAAAAAUUAUAUAUUCAGUUUGCAGUAGACAUUCCUUAUGUAUUGUUUGUAUUUAUUUAUGAUUAUCAAUUUAAGUAACAUUAAUAUUGUAUCAAACUCCUUAUGAAAAUGAGUAUGGAUGUAUACAGUAUGUCUGAUUUUUAUCCACAAGAAUGAUUUUGAUUCAAAAUACUUUUCAGCUGACAUAGAGAGCACUAACUAUUUUAAAGGACUGAAUCUUAUGAAUUCUCACUCUGUAUGGGAAUUAGGAAAGUUAUAAAAUGCAUUAAUCCUUAUAGUCAAUUCUGUGCCUAGGAUUUUGCAAGGGAACAGUUAACUGACCAGGAGAAGCACUACAUUUUUAAUUCAGCAUUAGUGCAUUGGGAAGGAACUUUAUUGCUUUGUGCUUGGCAUGUCAUUAUUUUAGAUUUGACAUCAGGCCCUUCCAGAAUGAAUGUGAGGAAUUGCUUUCACUUUAAGACUUUCCUUUUCUUUAAAAACUCUAGAAGAUAUUAUGUGAAAAAAGCCUUGAUUUUCAUUUGGCUAGUGCCAUGUUUAUGAUCAUGUACCUUUUAAAAAACAAAAACAAGAAAAAAAAACAAAAGGUGGGGGGGGAGUAGCAUCUUUACAAAUGAUUAGCAAGAAUUUAGUUAAUGAAGAAUUAAAGCAGCACUGUUGAUCGGUGCUUUGCGUAAAUACAUCGUAACUUUUGGAUGGAAAGGGGCCUUCAGAAGGAUAGUCAAUGAUAUGAAAGCAAUUCUGUACAUGAAUUAAGCAUACUUGCUGCAUUGUCUCUGCAGAUUCUAUUUUUGUUUAAAAUAUUAAAAUGUAUGUUAGCAAAAAUGGGUGGAUUUUCAAAUAAAAUGCAGCUUCCA